UUCUCCAAUUCGGGUGUUGCUUGCGUAGCGGCAUUUCGUUACGCAUACAAAUCAUUGUUUUCGUGUUAAGAACUGUAAAAAAUUAAACCUAACUAAUAAAUAAACAGUGUUUUAGUGAACUGGAUUCCUUUGAUAAUGAAAAAGUGUAGUUUAAGCAACUAAUAAAACGUUUCAUAGCAGUUGAAAGUUACUCAAGUGAUGGACAAUGAAAGAGCCAACGAACAGAAAUUUAGAUUUGUGAGUGUCAAAUAGUUGUGGAGCAUUGCCAGCUGUGUGAAAUAAUUGUAAAAUAAGUUUUGCUUCGAGUAUCGAAUUGAUGCGGCCGUAAACAUGUUGCGCUGGCAGUGAACGUUUUGUAUUAUUUUGUUAACCGAGGGACUUCGACACAACAAAGUUGAAACUCAAUAACGCGCGAAUAUUGUAAACAUAUUAAAUAAAAAAGUAAACGCAGUAUUUGUGUUUCCAAUUGGCACAGCCAUAACAUAUAUUUUGCAAUUCCUAGUGUUUAAUUUUUUGUUAGAGUUGCAAUGUCGAGCGGUCAUAGACAGAGCAAUGGCUGAAGGUGGUGUCACUGGGCUCGUUGCCGCGUUACAUGUUUAUUGUCGUCAGCAAAGUGCUGCGGUCUUUACAUUCGCGGACGGUUUGUUAAUUUAGUCAAGCGCUCGUAGCUCCAGAGUGCUGCAGUUGUCGCGAGAUUGCGUGCGCAAACGAAAAAAAACGCGAAAAAAAUUGAAAAUGCUAAAAAUAAACUACAUGUUCUAAAAAGUAAAUAGUUGUAUGCAACAUGAAAAAAUUACAGCCGUUGUAGCGAAACAAAAGUAAAAAGUAGAAUCAGUGCGGUGACAGAGGUAGUGUUGAAGCACGCGAAAUAAUCGCCAAGAGGAAAAAGUGACAGAAAGUAAAUGAGAGAAUAGAAAAGGAGAGAGCGAGCAAUUGUUUUAAAACGUCGCGACAGCGAGAGAGAGCAGAAAGUGGACAACAAACAUUAACGGCGUGUGAAAAUAGAAGAAGAAAAAAGGAAGCAAGCAACUUUAGCUCGUCGCGCAGUGUUUUUAUAUCAUAGAAAUGUUUAUUUUUUAUUUUUCGUGCGCGUAAAUAUUCUGAAUUGAAUUUGAAAUAAAGUCGAACGAACGCAAUACAGCAGCGAGUGACAUCCAUAGCAAUUGGCUGCCAGUGAUUUCGUGACGGGAUAAGCGUAAAAAACGCUAGAAAAUAGUGAAAAAGUGCCUUUUUAUAUAGGAUAAUUUCUUGAGGAUUAGUGUUUGUGUGGCGCAACGAGAUGACAACGCGUAAGAAGAAGCGUCAAGAUGGCAGUGGUAGUGGUGGUGGCUUCAUCAAAAAAGUCUCCUCGCUUUUUAAUUUGGAUUCGAUACACAGAGCGUCAUCGACGAAGGUGAACGGUGAUGAGAGCUGGCAAUAUGAGGAUAUUACAUUGGAGCGUGGCAAUUCUGGUCUUGGUUUUUCGAUUGCCGGCGGCACAGACAAUCCACACAUCGGCACGGACACCUCCAUUUAUAUAACGAAAUUGAUACCGGGCGGUGCCGCCGCUGCCGAUGGACGUUUAUGCAUAAACGAUAUCAUUGUGUCGGUGAAUGAUGUGUCUGUGGUGGAUGUGCCGCAUGCAUCCGCUGUGGAUGCGCUGAAAAAAGCUGGCAAUGUGGUGAAAUUGCAUGUGAAAAGAAAACGUGGCGGUGGCGGUGGUGCUGCUGGCGGUGGUGGUGGUGACGCUACUGCCGCCACAUCGGCCACAUUGCCACGUAGUGCUGCCGCCGCCGCUGCAGCUGCAGCUGCUGCUGCUGCCGGUCCGAAAGUGGUCGAGAUCGAUUUGGUGAAGGGUGGCAAGGGUUUGGGCUUCUCCAUAGCCGGCGGUAUUGGUAAUCAACAUAUACCGGGCGAUAACGGUAUUUAUGUAACGAAAAUCAUGGACGGUGGCGCCGCUGCGGUCGAUGGACGCCUCUCGAUUGGCGAUAAGCUGAUUGCGGUGCGCACAAAUGCGGCCGAAACUAAUCUGGAAAAUGUAACACAUGAGCAAGCGGUCGCCACACUCAAGUCAAUUACGGACAAAGUAACGUUGAUCGUUGGCAAGACGCAGCACCCAGUCAGCUCAUCACAGCCACAAUUUGCGCCGAUUAAUUCGCAUUCAACAGGUGCGAUAAAUAAUAUUGGAAAAACAGUUGUUGAUUUUGCUCGUUCACCAUCACCCUCAAUCACCACCAACACCACCACCACUACUACCACGUACAACAACAACAAUGUUAGCCACACAGCUACCACGAAUAAUAUCAACAAUAAUAUACAAACCUCAGUACCCGCCUCCUCCACAGCAGCUGGUGUUGUUGUUGCAUCAACAUCCAGAUCCCAUUCACCUUUGCCUCAACCAGCAUCUAGGUAUGCGUCAUCGAAUGUGCUGGCCGCCGUGCCACCCGGAACGCCACGUGCCGUCAGCACUGAGGAUAUUACACGUGAACCGCGCACAAUCACCAUACAAAAGGGUCCACAAGGUUUGGGCUUUAAUAUCGUCGGCGGCGAGGAUGGUCAGGGUAUAUAUGUGUCAUUUAUACUGGCUGGCGGACCCGCUGAUGCUGGCGGCGAGCUGAAACGUGGCGAUCAGCUCUUGAGCGUCAAUAAUGUCAGCUUGAAUAAUGCAACACACGAGGAGGCCGCUCAGGCGUUGAAGAGUUCCGGUGGCGUUGUCACAUUGGUCGCUCAAUAUCGCCCCGAGGAGUACAACCGCUUUGAGGCGCGCAUACAGGAGCUGAAACAGCAGGCUGCGCUCUCGGCCGGCGGUACGGGCACACUGUUGCGCACCUCACAAAAGCGUUCGCUGUACGUGCGUGCGCUCUUCGAUUACGAUCCGAAUCGUGAUGACGGACUGCCGUCGCGUGGUCUGCCCUUCCGCCAUGGCGAUAUAUUGCACGUGACCAAUGCGUCCGACGACGAGUGGUGGCAGGCACGACGCGUGCUCGGCGACAGCGAAGACGAACAAAUCGGUAUUGUGCCAUCGAAACGACGAUGGGAGCGAAAGAUGCGCGCACGCGAUCGCAGUGUUAAGUUCCAAGGUCAUGCCGCUACCAAUAAUAACCUGGACAAGGUCAGUAAUGAGCAAUCGACGCUCGAUCGAAAGAAGAAGAAUUUCACAUUUUCACGAAAAUUCCCGUUCAUGAAAAGUCGCGAUGAGAAGUUGGGCGAAGACGGCAGUGAUCAAGAGCCAAACGCAAACGGAGUUGUAAACAGCAAUAGUGAACUUGAUGUUAACAAUGUUAACAACAAUGAUUCAAAUGAACCGCAACCUUUUAUGCUUUGCUACACACAAGACGAUGCCAAUGCUGAAGGAGCCGAAAUUAUCUACCGUGUGGAGUUGCCAGACAUGGAGCAGAUAACACUAAUCUAUUUGGAGAAUAGCGAUGCUGACUAUCCAUCCGAAGAGAAUGUGCUCUCGUACGAGGCCGUACAACGGUUAUCCAUUAACUAUACACGACCCGUAAUUGUGCUCGGCCCAUUGAAGGAUCGCAUCAAUGAUGACUUGAUAUCGGAGUAUCCCGAGAAGUUCGGCUCCUGUGUGCCACACACGACUCGGCCGAAGCGUGAUUACGAGGUGGAUGGUCGUGAUUAUCAUUUUGUUUCGUCACGUGAGCAAAUGGAACGCGAUAUACAAAAUCAUCUGUUCAUCGAAGCGGGCCAAUACAAUGACAACCUCUAUGGCACAUCGGUGGCGAGCGUACGCGAAGUUGCGGAGAAGGGUAAACACUGCAUUUUAGAUGUCUCCGGCAAUGCUAUUAAGCGGUUGCAAGUCGCUCAACUAUAUCCAAUUGCUAUAUUUAUCAAACCGAAAUCGGUGGACUCAAUAAUGGAAAUGAAUCGACGCAUGACGGAAGAGCAAGCGAAGAAAACUUACGAACGUGCGAUUAAAAUGGAACAAGAAUUCGGCGAAUACUUCACAGGUGUGGUCCAAGGCGACACCAUCGAAGAGAUCUACAGUAAAGUCAAAGCGAUGAUCUGGUCACAAUCAGGACCAAUCAUUUGGGUACCAUCCAAAGAAUCUCUAUGACCAACAGCCACGACGACAUGGACACUGCCGCCUCGAGUACGCUGUCGACCAGUCUCGAGAUCAACAACAAAUCAACAUCAACAGCAAACGCACUGAUUUUGAACGACAUUGAUGGAACACGAUGUCGCCAACAACAACGACAACACACACACACUCACAACACGUAACCGAAACGCAGCCGAUGAUUCACGUGGAUGCGUUAUGCAAAUGAGCUAAAGCAAGCGAAUACAAAAUAUUUGACAGACACACUCACACACACACGCGGCAUGCAAACUUCAAUCUUCGCAGAAUCAUGUCACACCCACGCGCAAAAUGUCACCAGCCUUAAGCAAAUAUAUACCAGCUAAAAGCAAACAAGGUCUAUCAGGCCUUGGUGACGCAAUAUGGCUGGUGUUUCAGUCUGUACUGUCAAUGUGUGUGUGCGUGUGUUUGUGUGGUUGCCUAUUUGCAGUCGGUUGCUUACGUCGUUGAUGCGACCGCGCGUUUUGAAGAAAAAAGUGGAGAAAAUAUGAAACUAAAAACACUAUAGAAGAAAUAUGUUGUAGCUAAUAAAGAGAAAACAACAAAAACAAAAACAAAUAAUAAUAAUGAAUAGGCAUAAGUCAGGCUGCGACUACUCUACUACA